AUGCUCGCCAUCAAGAAGUCUGAAAAGAGCACGCCGAGCUGUGCAGUCAAUGUACUACCCUGCCGCAUCCAACACAAUGGACCUGUCAACGCAAGCACGAGACAUUGGACACCAGAAGUCAGCUCGGACAGCAAUGAAAACAGCACAUCAACAGCAUAUUUCCGUGGCAGGAAGUUGAAUGGCAAAGUUGUGAGUUUGCCUGACGGGUAUACAGAUACCAUCCUCCCAACCACAACACCAACACCCCUCGACCACGAACAAGAAGAACAAGACUCAACACCAGAAACAAAAGUCCUUCAGGAAGUUGCAACUUUCGACAAGAUCGCAGUCUAUGGCCAUGAAGUUCAACCAGAUGCUCAAGAAGACGUAUAUGUCAAGGGCAUCAAUGAAUGGAUUGGCUUGGCUGGUGCGAAAUAG